AUGGACCCAUCGUCGCUCACAUGCUUUGAGUUGCCACUGCCUCCCUGGCUCCAGCAACCGAGCACUAUCCUCGCCCCUGGUGGUCGAAAACGCAAAAAGGGUGCUGCAUGGAGCACAGAGGGGCAAGAAAAGAAAACCACCAGAAAUAAGAAAGGCAAGAAAAGCAACAACGAUGAGGGAAGUGCAUUGGCACAUCCCGUAGGAGAGCCUCUAGCCCUCACACCCAAUGAAGCCCAUCAAUACCGAGCUGCCGGUCUUCCGCUUGACCAAAAUCUGCCAGGAGGUCGGUUUCCCCACGAGCCUGUCAAAGAGAAAAAGCCCAAGAGGCGUCAAACUAGGCGACCCAACCCAGAUUCAACCGACUCUGGAGUUCUAGAAGACAAUGACCUGGCAGGCAAGGACUUGUUUUUACAACACCUCAAAACGCUGAAUAGCCUACUUCAUCGCUUUCUCAUGGACGGUGACUACCCCAGAGCAGGACGAGCACUGGGUCUCCUUUUGCGAGAAAACUUCAAAGGGUCCUCAAUAGAUGUGCGCCAUGCAGGAAAAUGGCAUUUCGGAGCAGAGAUAUUGCUGCUCCGAAGGGCUAAGCACCAGCCCGGUAAUUCCAAUGAAGUCGCUUCCACUCCUGCAUCAUUCACUAUCAAGGGAUUUGCGGAAGCGAAAGCAUUUUAUGAAAGGCUGGUUCUUGCUCAUCCAUAUUCGAAAACCGCUCCGCAUGCCGUCUCUGCUUUCCAUUUCUAUCCUGCCAUGUUUGGCUUAUGGAUUUACGUCACCCAGGAAGAGAGCAGUUUGGAGAGAAAGAAAGUUGAGGAUGAUAGAGAUUCCGAUGAAGAAAUGUCUGAACACGAAAUUUCCGAUCAUGAGGAUUUGGAUUAUGAGGAUCGGGUCUUGCACAAAAAGCAGAUACGUAUUUCAGCUAUUCGGGCCCGGGAAUUGGAGCAGGCUCAGCAAAUCGCAAGACGGAUUGAUACUCUUCUUGAAGCGCCCCCAUAUUCAGAAUACGGAGAUUUGCUAGAAAUGCGAGGCAUGGUGUCUCUUUGGAUCGGUGACUUGCUAGUUUUCUCCCUGGCACCACCCUCGCCCUCAUUUCAGGAUGGAAAGCAAAAAUCCGAUAGUACACAUUACUCCCAAAAUGUACAUCCUGUACAAAGAUUGGCAGAGGAGAAGAAGGAACAGAGGCGGUUACAGAUUGACCAGGCACGAGAAUUUUUGCAGCAAGCCAAGCUACGCGGCAUUCGAGUCGCAUGCGAUUUGAAUAAGUUUGAUCUCAUCAAGGACUCUCAUAACGAUUCGGAAGAUUAUUCACGAAAAAAAUACGCUGAUACCUAG